AUGCAAGAUGAUGCCAAGAAUAUUCACCCCCGAAGUCGUGAAGGACCCAUGUUUCAGCAGCAGCAGCAGUCUUCUCCAGAACACCUUGUCCUCUCCUCUCCAGCCUACCUCCUCACAGCAGAAGAAAUUGUACAACAGCUCGCAACAGAUACAGACAAUGGAUUAUCUGAAGAGGAAGCACAGCGCCGAAUAACAAAGUAUGGGCUCAAUGAGCUCGAAGCCGGUGGUGGUGUCAGCGCGUUCAAGAUUCUCAUGGGACAGAUAUUCAAUGCCAUGGUUUUGAUUUUAAUCAUGGCUAUGGCUGUCUCAUUUGCGAUUAAAUCUUGGAUCGAAGCUGGUGUCAUUACCGCGGUGGUUUUUAUAAACAUCAUUGUCGGCUUCUUUCAGGAGUAUAGCGCAGAGAAAACAAUGGAUUCAUUGCGGUCUCUCUCUUCUCCAACAGCUACGGUUAUUCGUGCAGGCCAGUUGAAGACUAUAAGAUCUCUUGACCUCGUUCCCGGCGAUAUUGUUGAAGCCAAAAUGGGCGACACAAUUCCUGCUGAUUUGAGGCUUUUUGAAGCAAUGAACUUUGAAACAGAUGAAGCUCUCCUUACUGGAGAGUCUCUCCCUGUAGCAAAGAAUGCUGGUGCAUCUUUCAAACUCGAAGAUGAUGCUGGUGUUGGUGAUCGUAUCAAUAUGGCAUACUCUAGUUCCACGGUCUCCAAAGGGCGUGCGAGAGCUAUUGUUGUUAGUACUGGUAUGAACACUGAAAUUGGGAAGAUUGCCGAAUCUCUACGUGGAAAUGAUAGCAAGAUACGCGAUGUUUCGCGCGAUGAGAGUGGUCAUGCUACCUGGGGUGCCUAUAUAAUGGCUGGUCUCUGGACUGUUUUGGACUUUGUUGGUGGUUUCCUCGGUACAUCCGUUGGAACGCCUUUACAGAGGAAGCUCAGUUGGCUGGCAAUCUUUUUGUUUGGCAUCGCAGUAGUCUUUGCUCUUAUUUGCCUUGCUGCGAACAGCUUUAGCAGUUCGCAAGAGGUUAUUCUAUAUGCUGUUGCCACUGGAUUGUCUAUGAUACCCGCUAGUUUGGUUGUAGUACUUACUAUUACCAUGGCUGUGGGUACCAAGAUCAUGGUCCAACGUAACGUUAUUGUCCGCAAGCUUGAUUCGUUGGAGGCACUUGGUGCCGUAACCAACAUUUGCUCUGAUAAAACAGGUACCUUGACACAAGGGAAAAUGGUUGUGAAGAAGGCUUGGGUUAUUGCAGAAGGAACAUAUACGGUUGGCGAAUCUACCAAUCCAAUCGAUUAUACCUCCGCCGAAAUAUCAUUUACGGAGACUGCUCCCUAUGAUGCCUUUAAGAGUCAAGGGGCCGCCACAGAGAAAAAGAACGUAUCACCGUUUAAACCUGCUUCAGAGUUUAUAAACAGGAGCUUUCUAAAGCAGUACUUGAAUGUGGCAACAUUCUGCAAUCUUGCAACAGUUACUCGUAAUGAAGAGACACAGGAAUGGAGCGCUCGUGGAGACCCCACUGAAAUUGCCAUCCAGGUCUUUUCUAGUCGAUUUGACUAUGGUCGCCGUAAGUUCACAAGUGGUGAUGCGCCUUCGUGGACUCAAAUAUCUGAAUACCCGUUCGACUCCGACGUCAAACGCAUGACCGUCAUAUUCAGGAACUACAGUGGUAAUAUCAACAACGGAUACGCAGAGUGGGCCUUUAUGAAGGGCGCAGUGGAGCGGGUUCUCGAAGCCUGUACCACUGUCCAGCUCGCCAACGAAAUCAUUCCUCUUGAUUCUGAGAUGCAGCAAAGGGUGCUUAGAAACAUGGAAGCUCUGGCCUCGCAAGGUCUUCGUGUUCUCGCAUUGGCACACAGGCCAUGGAAGAUUAAAUCAGAUGAUAUGGGCCAACUCCCGCGUCAGGAUGUUGAGAGGGAAAUGACACUCCUUGGACUUAUCGGUCUCUAUGACCCACCUCGUGUGGAGACUUCCGGUGCUGUUAAGCAAUGUCAUCGUGCUGGAAUUAAUGUUCAUAUGGUCACGGGAGACCACCCACAAACUGCUAGGGCUAUUGCAAUGCAAGUGGGAAUCAUUCCGGCGAAUGUCCAUCUAUUGGCAUCAGAUGUCAUAUCAGCCAUGGUUAUGACUGCAUCACAUUUCGAUAAGCUCUCAGACGCAGAAAUCGACAGGCUUCCUGUUUUGCCGUUGGUUAUUGCUCGCUGUGCGCCGCAGACAAAGGUCCGAAUGGUUGACGCCUUACAUAGAAGGAAUAAGUUUGUUGCGAUGACAGGUGAUGGUGUCAAUGAUUCCCCUGCACUUAAACGUGCCGAUGUUGGAAUCGGCAUGGGUAUGGCUGGAAGCGAUGUCGCAAAGGAUGCUUCGGAUAUUGUUCUCACGGAUGAUAAUUUUGCAUCUAUUCUCAACUCUAUCGAGGAGGGUAGACGUAUGUUCGACAACAUCAAAAAGUUUGUCUUGCAUCUUUUGGCAGAAAACAUCGCUCAAGCAUGUACUCUUCUUAUCGGGCUUGCUUUCAAAGAUAGCACUGGAUUGUCGGUUUUUCCACUUGCUCCAGUCGAGAUCUUGUGGAUCAUCAUGAUCACCAGUGGCUUUCCUGCCAUGGGCCUAGGAAUGGAGAUAGCUUCGGAUGAUAUCAUGAUCAGACCGCCCCACAAUCGUAAGGUCGGCAUAUUUACAAAGGAAGUGCUCAUUGACAUGUUGGUCUACGGUUGCUGGAUGGCAGCGCUCUGUCUUGCAUCUUUCUCGAUCGUGGUUUUCGGUUUUGGUGACGGCAAUCUCGGGCAUAAUUGCAACAAUCAUAUUUCCGACGAAUGCAUGCUCGUAUUUAGGGCUCGAAGCACCACUUUCACUUGUCUCACAUGGUUUGCAUUGUUCUUGGCAUGGGAGAUGGUCCACAUGCGCCGCAGUUUCUUCCGCAUGGAACCAAGGCCCGCCCAUAUCUGGUCCUUAUGGGCUCGUCAUGCCUGGCGUAAUCCAUUCCUUUUUUGGAGCAUUAUGGCGGGUUUCAUCACAGUCUUCCCGAUCAUUUAUGUCCCUUUCCUGAAUACCGUGAUCUUCAAGCAUGCCCCAAUCACCUGGGAAUGGGGUAUAAUCUUUGUUGAGUCUUUCUUGUUUUUCAUGGGUGUGGAAGCGUGGAAACUCUGCAAACGAGUUUAUUUCAGAAGAUAUGGCGACAAAGUUAAAAAUCCUGAAGAUGAAUUGGGACGUGAGAUGUUCACAAGGGACAAUAGCACAUCCGUGAGUGAUGUGGUCUAG